AUUAUAAUUAAACUAAUUUUCUAUUCAUUAUAAUUGCACCUGCUCAGGAUUUACACCACACUUUGGGUGUGAUUUGUAUAAUUAAAUCUUUUUUUUUCCAUUAUAGCAGUAGUUGCAGGAUUUAUAGAUCUUUCGUAGGGCUAUGAAUAAUGUAAUAGUGGAAGCCAAUUAGGUGAACCCCAGCCCUUUUUAACGUAAAGGCAAGUUAAGCACGGAAUUCAUUAGUUGUUUAGUGAUGAAUGGAAUAGAGUAGUUGUGGAUGCUUGUAUAUGAACAAUCUAUUCUUGACAUUGCUUAGAAAAAUUGGAUUUACGAUCAUAUAGAAGUCCUGGAACUUCCACAUUUGCAAAACAUUCAUUCUGUAUAUUGAAGAGUUUGUUAGAGCUUGAAACCCUAAUUAGGGCUGGAAAUGGGGCGUACACCUUGCUGCUCCGAAAUAGGUCUCAACAGAGGUCCCUGGACUCCCCAGGAAGACGCACUUCUCACACAGUACGUACAAAAAAAUGGUGAAGGCGGCUGGAGAACACUUCCUAAGAAAGCAGGUUUGUGGCGCUGUGGAAAGAGCUGCAGAUUGCGAUGGAUGAAUUACCUGCGCCCCGAUGUGAAAAGAGGCCAAAUUUUGCCUGAUGAAGAAGAUCUGAUUCUCCGAUUGCACCGUCUUCUCGGUAACAGGUGGUCUUUGAUAGCGGGACGUAUACCUGGGCGGACUGAUAAUGAGAUCAAGAACUUUUGGAAUACCCAUCUUAGCAAAAAACUUAUUAGUCAGGGCAUUGAUCCUCGAACCCACAAGCCCCUUUCUGAACCACAGCCUGAUGACCGUGAUGAUAAUAGUGUAGACAGGGAUUCUGAGAAAAACCUAAGCCCAGAAGCCUGUGUUUAUUCUCAAGAAACUACUAGUAUAGAGGACAAUGGUGAAGCUACAUGUGGUCUUUCUGAUAACCUCCAUGCCCCACAGCUCAUCAGAGAUGGUGAGGUUCAGGAAACUCAAGUAACAAGUAGUCCUCAUCAUGCUUUCAUGUUUCAGGAUAGGCAAUACCCCACUAAUACUGAUAACAUGAAUUCAGACUUGAAUCCCUAUUCUAAUGGUGCUCCAAAAAUGGGCUUUCAUGACCAUGACGCUUCUCUUUUUAUGAGAAAAAACUCAAUCACAAAUAGCUUUUUUGUGGCACCUGCAAUGCCAGAUUCAGAUCUAGAAAGUGUACCAAGCUUCCCAGGUAAUGUGAAUGAAAGUUCCUCGACUGAAGAAUUUCCAAUGAGUUUUGAACAGUCUGAGAUGCAACAAUGUCAAGUGCCUAAUGAAUUUUGCAUGGACACCAAUCUCAUCACCCCAAGUGCUGCCACUGAAGAUUGUGAUUCAGAUAUAUUCUCCUACUUUCUAGAAUCCUUCAUGGACGAUGAUCAGUUGUAUACAAGUGAUGAAAACAACACGAAUGUUGCAUCUUCUCUCUCAGACAACAGACAGAACUUCUUACAUGCUGAAACUCCAAACCAGCAUGGGUAUGACAAAUGGUCUACAAUGCCUUCAUCAUCAGCUAGUUUUAUUGAAUGCAGUGAGUUUUAUUGAAGACUCUAAAAAGUAACAUAUUGUUGAGUCUAUUUGAUUAUUAUUAUUGGUAAAUUUAAUGUAAUAUGCAUCAGUUUUACCCUUGUUUGGGAUAUGUUCAAAGACUAUGGAUCAUAGUGUCGAUAUUUUUAUUGAAGACCAAUUGUAAUAGAUGCCUUGCAAUCAAAAAAUUAUUAUUA